UGAAGGCUGGGAGAUUUUGCAUUCAUCGAGGAUGAGAUACUUUUUGGACGUGCAGCACGUUGGCCACCGUGCUGUUAUUUCAUGUCAUGGCAAACUCUUGCGCACCCUCUGGUGCUUGCUAGACUCCGAAAGUUCUUUGUGUUGCCUGCUUUGCAGAUUGUCUUCCUUGUCUCUGUGGUUGCUCAUUAUUCAGAGACAGACGGAUCUCAGGUCAUCUGCAGCUGCAGCAAAGGAGAAGCAGGAAAGAUGGCGAUCAUCCACUAGACCGGGCACACGCAUGAGACACAAAACAACUUUUGGAGAGAUCGCGUUUCUGGACGAGCCCAUAUUCUGGAUUUUUCAAAGAACCCUUGGUGAUGGAGGUGUUACAGUGCGAUGGCUGUGACUUCCGAGCAGAGACACACGAUGACCUAAAGGCACACAUUCAGGAUGUCCAUACGGCCUUCCUGCAGCCCACGGCGGUAGGAGAUGGGACCCCUGGUCAGUCGAGGUCUGAGUCACUCAACUCCCUCAGCCAAGUGGAGGAUGAAGAAGAUCUGACUGCUUUAAACAAAGAAUACGGAUCAACAGUAGAACAAUCAGGGCUACAUUCUUUUGAUAGAAGCCCUGGGCACUUUUCUGGCGCCAACCAAAUGAAAUACAGCCAGUCAACUAGCCAGUCAGCCAAACCUACAAUCCAGUUUUUCCAGUGCAAGUUCUGCAUUCGCUAUUUCAGAUCCAAGUCCCUUUUGAAUGAGCACACGAGGAAAGUGCAUAGCCUCAUAGGUGAUAUCUCCCUUAGCGGGGGAAGCUCACCAGCUUCCCAGACAUCCAAGCAAUCCAGCUAUAGGAUCCCUAUGCACAACAAUUUUGGGAAGGUGUUUUCUUGUCAGUAUUGCUCAUAUAAGUCUCCACGCAGAGCCCGGAUCCUAAAACACCAAAAGAUGUAUCACAAAGGCAGCGUAUUCAACUCAUCCGGGUCCCCACCUGACACUGCUGAAGAUUCUUGCUCCAAUGCUCUGUCUUCUGAAGAUCUGCGCAAUGACUUACCUGUGGAAGUGGUAGAGCGUAGUAUUUUGGAAUCCAUGGUUAAGCCUAUUACUAAGUCUCGGGGGAAUUUUUCCUGUGAGUGGUGCACAUACCAAACUUUUCGAAGAGAACGCUGGUGUGAUCAUGUGAUGAAGAAGCACCGCAGUAUGGUGAAAAUAAUUUCGUCCCUGCAGCAGCAGCAAGAGGAAGGAGAGACCACAGGUUCUCUGAAGUCUGAUUCAACGUCGUCCCCCAGAAGCACCCCAAAUUCCAACAUACCUGAUAACCUUGGUGGAAAUGAGGGAUCAGCCAGUAAAGGACCAGGAAAUGCAGUUGUUACUGUGAUCUCUGGACAAGCUAACAAGGUUUCGUCUUACCAAAAUUUGAAAAAUAAGUCCAAGGUGCCAAACAGAACAGGGUCUUCAAAUUUGUCUGAAAGAUCGACAUUUAUGGUGUCCGAUAUGUCCAAUUCUGAUAUGGAUAUGGACACUAACAUAAUGCUGAAUGAUUCACAAAGUAGCUCAGAUGAUGAACUGGUGGAUAUAGAUGAUCAAAAUAACAUUAACUCUGAAGUAUCUGAACAUUCUGCGAAACUGCUUCUAUCUGAGGAGGAUCACAAAAUGCUGGAAACAAAAGGAAUACAAUUUAGGAGGUACCUGAACAGGUUCCAAUGUCCCUUUUGUUCUUUUCUAACCAUGCAUCGCCGGAGUAUAUCUCGCCACAUUGAGAACAUCCACUUAUCUGGCAAAACAACAGUGUACAAAUGUGAUGAGUGCCCUUUCAUCUGCACUAGUCUACUUAAAUUGAGUACUCAUAAACAAUUUCACAUAGAGGCAUCAUCUGAUUGGGACAGUAUGCAUUUGCAAAAUGAAAAUUCAAGUGUUCAGAAUGAGGUGCUGGAACCAGUGAAUGGAGGAGGUGUUACAACAAAAGUGAACGGCAAAAAAAUGAGCAUGGCGAAUGAAAUCGGCCAACAAAAUUCUCACCAUUGCACUCUCUGUAAGUUCUCUACAACCACUCUGAAAGGUCUUCGUGUCCACCAACAGCACAUACAUUCUUAUUGCGACAACAUGCACCCAUCUAAUCCUGAUGGAUUACCAAAUGAUCUACAUGAUUCUGAUUCAGAAACGAAUAGUUCUUCAAACUAUGUACAAAAAACACAGACAUCAAUUCUUGGAUUCUCAUCAAAAAAGCACUUGAUAAAUAAGACUGCAAGAAAGUCUAUAAAUGAUUUACCUUUAGAUCUCUCUCCAGCUAAGAAAAGAACCCGAAUAGAUGAAAUUGCUAACAACCUCCAAACCAGAAUUAAUCAAAGCAGACAGCUGGAAGACUCUAUAAUUAAUCUGGAAGAAAUGGAUGAUAGUGAAGAACAAGAGGGUAAUAAUGUUGAAAUGAGUUUGGGUGAAGAGAAGGAUAGUGCACAAGCUGAACAUCGUGGACACCACUACCACCAGAAGCACAUGUAUUUGAGAGAAUCAGUAGACUCUCAAAUUGACAGUAUUGUUGGGAAAGACAAUUGCAACCCUCACUCAAAGUCUGGAUCGAAACACAUUCCUACUCAUCUUAUUGUCUUGGAUGAUGAAGACAAUGACAUGGAUUUUCGUACCUCUGCUGAGUCCAAAGAUCUACAAGAUGGAGUAAACCAAGACAGUAGAGAUGCUUUUCAAGAGGGCCUUAAUUACACUGAGGAUCCUGGGACACUGUUUUACUGCAAGCAUUGUAAAUAUCACAACAAGUCCGCUCGCAGUGUGAGCACACAUUAUCAGAGAAUGCACCCGUAUAUUAAAUUUAGCUUUAGAUACAUCCUUGACCCAGAAGACCAGAGUGCUGUGUUCCGUUGCUUAGAAUGCUAUAUUGAAUACACGACCUUUGAUGAUCUUAAUCAACAUUACAUGGAUCAUCAUCCUGAUGCCAUUAAUGUUCUGAACUUCAAUCAACCUGACUUGGUGUACAGGUGCCGCUUCUGUUCAUACACAAGUCCAAAUGUUAGGAGCUUGAUGCCUCAUUACCAAAGAAUGCAUCCAACGGUAAAAAUAAACAAUGCCAUGAUAUUCUCCAGUUAUGCAGUUGAACAGCAUACGAAGGGAGUUGAGUCCCAAACGCUAAGAGAAAUUUUAAACUCAGGCCCCCAAAGCUUUGGAAAUUCCACCUCUGUAUCCCGAGCUUCAGUUCAGUCUAGUCCCAUUCAUAGAAGCCUUCUGAAGACACAGGAGUCAAGCACAGAUGUAGAUGCCCUUAAAGAAACGACGGUUAACAAUGUUAUGGUCUAUGAUUGUGACAUCUGCUUGUUUACAAGCCCGAAUGUUCAUUCUGUUUUGGUGCACUAUCAAAAGAAGCACCCUGAGCAAAAAGCGUCAUACUUCCGUAUACAGAAAACCAUGAGGCUCGUCUCUGUGGAUAGAUAUCAAGCCUCAGAUAACAUAUCCUUUGGUUUAAAUGUACCUAACCCUCCAAAGACCUCAAGUGUAGUUCCAGUGCGAGUGGAUGAAGACGUGUACUACUGCAAACAUUGUGUCUACAGUAACCGGUCUGUAGUGGGUGUGCUUGUGCACUACCAGAAAAGGCAUCCAGAAAUUAAGGUGACGGCAAAAUACAUCAAGCAUGCUCCUCCUUCCCCAGGAUUAAUGAAGCUCAUGGACGAGUUAAAGAUUUCUCCACCAAAGCAAUUCCUAAAGCAGUUCAGCAAUGGAGUCGAUGCAACCAGUGUUACCCAACCCCGUUUUGGAGGAGACAAAGGCGAGUCAGAGAUGCUUUUCUUCUGCCAGCAUUGUGAUUACGGGAAUCGUACAAUUAAAGGCGUGUUGAUACACUACCAGAAAAAGCACAGAGAUGUAAAGGCCAAUGCUGACCAAGUUCGUAGGCACACUGCUUUAGUUCGCAGCCAACGGGAACGAGCUCAGAUGGUCCAGUCUGGUAACAUGUCUGGGAUAGCCUCUGCAUCUGACUCAAACAAAACAAAACCACUCCGCUCUUUAAAGUGCAAGCACUGCUCGUAUACAUCUCCAUAUGUGUAUGCCUUGAAAAAGCACCUCAAAAAAGAUCAUCCCACCGUGAAGGCCACAUCCAUGACUAUUUUACAGUGGGCUUAUGAAGAUGGCAUCCUUGAAGCUGGAUAUCACUGUGAAUGGUGCAUCUAUUCCCAUGCAGAACCAAACGGCCUGCUCAUGCAUUACCAAAGACGUCACCCAGAGCACAAUGUUGACUACACAUACAUGGCAAGUAAGUUAUGGGCUGGUCCAAAAGCUACUUCUGCUCAACAAAUAGGAAAUGCCGACACCAAGCAUUAUCAGUGCAGAGACUGUGCGUUUGAGGCUGGUUCUAUAUGGGACAUCACUAACCACUACCAAGCAGUUCACCCCUGGGCUGUCAAGGGAGAUGAUUCUGUGCUUCUGGACAUCAUAAAAGGUAACCAAACAAGUGAUCAGUUGUGCAACCCAACAGACAAAGAACAGCCCUCAAUGCCCAAUUCAUUUAACAGUCAUCACCUUACACAUGAUGAGGGCAUUACUGAAAAGUCUGCCGAAAUGGUUCCUCACCUCUCAUUCGCUAGCACCUCUAUUUCAAACAAUCCAUACCAAUGCACUGUAUGCCUUUCUGAGUACAAUAGUCUUCAUGGACUCUUGACCCAUUAUGGCAAAAAACACCCAGGCAUGAAAGUAAAGGCGGCCGACUUUGCGCAGGAGGCGGACAUCAACCCCAGUUCGGUCUACAAGUGCCGUCAUUGUCCUUAUGUAAACUCUCGAAUUCAUGGGGUUCUGACUCACUACCAGAAGAGGCAUCCACUGGUGAAAGUGACAGCCGAAGACUUUGCUGAUGACAUCGAGAAAAUGAUUGAUGUUAAUGAAGCCGAUGAGAAAUCCAAAUCACAAAGACAGGGCUAUGGUGCUUAUAGGUGCAAGAUGUGUCCUUACAGUCAUGGAACCUUGGAAAAACUCAAAAUCCAUUAUGAGAAAUAUCACAAUCAGCCAGCGUCAGAUAUAUUUGAUCCUUCCCUCGUCAAUUUUUCUGUCAGUAAGGAUGACGCAGCAGUGGAAUACAGUGGAAGUAAUGUUGCAGAAGUUGAAGAGAUGACUGACUUUCAGUCAGAAGUGUCUUUGUUCCUUGAUGACAAAGAAGAAAAGCACACUGUGUUCAGUUGUCAACUUUGUAAAUAUUUCUGUUCUACCAGAAAAGGUAUAGCCCGCCAUUACCGUGUCAAACACAACAAUGUCAGGGCUCAACCUGAAGGAAAAAACAAUGUCUUCAAGUGUGCUCUCUGUCCCUACACGAAUCCUAUUCGUAAAGGAUUAGCAGCCCACUACCAAAAGCGACAUGACAUCGAUGCAUACUACACCCACUGUCUGGCAGCCUCCAAAACCGUUGAGCAUAAAGUAGACAAGGUUGUGGUGUCUGUAAACCCUCAAGCCAAUACACCUGUCCUGAGUGAGGAGUUGAGGCUGGCUGUGGAAAGGAGAAAAUGUUCCCUCUGUAGCUUCCAAGCCUUCAGCAAGAAGAGCAUUAUCUCUCAUUAUAUCAAGCGCCAUCCAGGAGUGUUUCCCAAAAAACAGCAUUCCCGCAAGCUUGGGAGCUACUUCACCGUAGUCUAUGCUAAGGAGCCUGAGAAGCCAGUUGCUUUGGAAAACAACAACAAUAUCGAAUAUCAGUCUGAGGCAGAACAAGACAAAGAAGUGGAGUGGCUGCCAUUCAAGUGUUUGAAAUGCUUCAAGCUGUCCUUUAACACUGCAGAGUUGCUCUGCAUGCACUACACCGACUACCACACCAAGGAUUUCAAACGGGACUUUGCUACCUUACCCAGUCCCACGCCGGAUGGCACCGACUGCUACCGUUGCUCCCACUGUGAGCUCGAGUUUUUGUCCCUCUCGGAGCUCAGCGUCCACCUGAACAAUCAUAACGAGGAUUUCCAUAAGCGAGCUAUGCGCCAGGAAAGGAGAAAACAGCUACUGAGUAAGCAUAAGGGAGCUGAUCUUCUCGAAACCAAGUCAGAGAAGGUGGGCAGCCGUGUACACAAAGCCCCAGUUGGCUACAAGUGCAAUUUUUGUGUAGAGGUUCACCCCACCCUGAGAGCAAUUUGCAACCACCUCAGAAAGCACGUCCAGUAUGGAGAAGACAAAGAACAACACAUGAAGGAGGUCCCAGAAAAUCCAGCUCCUCUCCCAAAAGAAGGUGGGAUGAGCAGAAAUGUCAGUGAGGACCCAGGCCCUCUGGAUAUGAAUCCAGUGGAUUCCCUCAGCCCUGCUCCAUGUGAUCAGUUUGCCAAGAUGGGGGACACAGUGGCAGGGAAGCUGAAGCUUGGGGGGGGGCACCCGUGCCCCCAGUGCGACCGGAUCUUCAUGUCCAAGCAGGGCCUCCGCUCCCAUGAACGGAGCCACACGGCGAUCGCCAUGUUCAGCCGCGAAGACAAGUACAAUUGCCAGUAUUGCCAGUUCGUCUCUCCCUUCAGGCACAACUUGGAUCGACACAUUCAGUCACAUCAUGGUCACCACAAGCCUUUCCGAUGCAAGUACUGUCCUUUUAAGUCGGCUUAUCUCAGCCGCCUGAAGACCCACCUGCACAAAGCACACACGGGUGAGAACACGUAUAAGUGCCUGGAGUGUGCUUUCUCCACGAUGACCAUCAGCCAGCUGAAGGAUCACUCCCUGAAAGUGCAUGGGGAGGCUCUCACCCUCCCCAAACUGCGAGCGGCCACCCAGACAGCGGUGCGCCCUCACAGGCUCAUGACGACGACCGACCAGCCUGCCGCUCUUCCUGAGUCUGAGGAACCGAUAGAUUUAGAGCCUCCUGAUGUCCAAGAGCAUCUUGGUCAGUACGAGCUGCCGUCCUGCAUGCAGACCCCCUCCAGCCCUCCUGCGUUUGCGGGGCUGGAGCCCAGGCUGGACGGGGUCCUCAUCUGUGAAUUCUGCGAGUUCAGUUCUGGGUAUAUGCAGAGCUUACGCAGACAUUACCGAGACCGACAUGACGGCAAAAAGCUCUUCAAGUGCAAAGACUGCACCUUCUUCACAUGCAACAGGUCAACAUUCACCAUGCAUGUUGAAACUGGACACAGUGCCACCCCCCCUGAAGAGGGACCCAAAGACCUGCAUUGCCCACUCUGUCUCUACCACACGCAAUUCAAGAGCAAUAUGAUUGACCAUGUUGUCCUUCAUCGUGAGAAGCGGAUGGAACCCCUGGAGAUCAGCCAUUCAAAGUUGGCCCGCCACCUGCAGGGUGUCAUGUUUCACUGCCACAACUGUACCUUCACCUGCUCCAGUGAAGAGAGCCUGCAGCUGCACAUCUGCAAGCACAAUGAGCUGAAGCCGUAUAAGUGCCAGCUAUGUUACUAUGACAGCGAGCAGCGCGAGGACCUGGAGGCCCAUCUCCGUGAUGAACACAAGGUGAUCCGGAACUUUGAGUUGGUAGGACGGGUCAAUUUGGACCAAUUAGAAAUCUCAAAAAGCAAGCUGGGCAGUCUCAGCAGUGCUGAAGAGGAAGAAGGGGUUGAUGAGGAGUGUGAUGAUGACGGUGAGAAUGAAGGCGAUGAAGAGCAUGAGAGGCCUGAACCCAAAGAUGCCUCUGGGUCCCCAAGCAGCAGUGUGUCAGGCUGUAGUGACAAGAGGUUCCCCUGUGAGUUCUGUGGCCGUACAUUCACCCACACCGCCGAGUGGGAACGACACGUCCUCCGGCACGGCAUGACUGUUACCACCAUCAAGAUGGAGGACAACCUCACCCAGACAGAUGGAACUGCUAUGAAGUUGGAGGCUGAUGUGUCACGAAUUGAUGAAGACUUCCCUGGGGCUACCGUGGACGUGGAGCAUGGAUAUCCUAUAGACCUUGCAAAAAGUGAAGUGGUAAAAGUGGAGGGUAAAGAAUCUGACCAAAAAUGAUCCUUAGCAAAGCGACAAGCACUGUGGCUCAGAUGUGCAUUGUGCUUGAAGAACUACGAUUUAUUGUGAAGUGAUUUAAAAGGCUGCUUAACAAAUUGAAAACAAAAUAGUUCAAUAAACCCUGACAUUUUUGUUGUAUUACCUUUAACGUUACAUUGAAAUUAAUAGAUAGCAUUACAUCCUGCAUUAAAGAAAAAAAAACUAGCUUACAAUUAAAAUGUGACGUCCCAUUGGACAGAUCCAAAUAUAUCGGUAACGGCAGUGGAUGUGCAGUGAUAAUCAUCCAGGUCAUCUUCAGCCAGUUUCUGCAUUAUGAGUGCAAAUGAGAUACGUAGGUCCACAAACUUUUGUAAAUGAAGGACUUCUGCCGACAGCUGUUUUCAGUAUGGACUGCAAAGCAUUCAUAAGAUUUUCAACUUCCAAAGAUGAGGGAUUCCCUUGUUAGCUAAUAUACACAAAUAAAUCGUGAUUUUCACUGAUGUUUUGUAAAAACGUUUUUUAAUACAUGGAAUUCUUUGUCAUUUGACCCAAAUGAUUGUUUUAUUUUUGAUUGUUCUAAUAUCCCUUGGCAGAUUUCCUUGAGGGAGUAGUAGCCUUUUUAUGCACAUACCAUUGUAUGAUUUUUGAACAUUCGGCCGAAAUAUUGUAGCAAAUCUAGUUCAGGUGUGUGUUGUCUACAGUUUCUCGUACUUUGAAAUUGAGUUAAAAUUCAGACAAAGCUCAACUUCUGAUAGGUUUUCAGAAAAGCUUUGGUAUUAAAAUGAAUAUUUUAAGGGCACCUUAAACAACACAAUACCUGGGUCUUGCCAUUUGUUUUUUUUUUUUUGAAGACAUAAUUGAUAUUUCAGCACAUUUUAAUAUUUAAAUGUCAAAAUAAGAGGCUAAUAGCUGAAUCACAAAAGUAGCUGAUGACCUCAGGAUAGGAAACCUGUUUUCCCUUCAGUACCUCGGAAACAAACAUACUGUAAUCAUUUACAUGGUUCUUACCCGCCUCUGUUCCGGCAGUGUGAAUUUUAAUAUUGUUAUUGCUCAGAUGUCGACAGCAGAGUCCGGCAAAGACUGCUGUUGACUAAACUGUGAUUAAAGGGUUGGGGUACUGUUUUGGGGAACCUGCAUGCAUGUGUUGGGCAAAUGUUGAGUGUUAUUGUAACAACCAGUGUUUUAUAAAAGUAUUGCUUUCAUUUGCGUUUAAACUGUCUAACAACAUGGGUAAUGUGAUGGUCAUAACUCAUAGGAACUUGAAUUCCUGGUUCCUAGAAAAACAGGUUUGUAUUACAUUAUCAUCUUUGUUGAAGGCUGCUGCUGAAAUGCCCCGAAGCCUUACAUAUCAAUUCCGAUAGCCUGAGCUCAGAUUAAACUGUUUUUGCUUCCCUCCCGAUCCCUGGCCGUAAUAAGAAACGGAAGUACGUCGCGCCGUGACAGACAGAAAUUCAAAGAGCAGUCUUUUUUGGUAUUUACAAGGGUCAGUUUUCUAAAGGGGUUUUUUUUCUGGCUUGUCUUUGCUGCAGUUCUUGUUCCAGGAAUAGUACAGCCCAGGCGUGGUGGGGUAUAUUGUCAUGUAGAAAACACUAUACCUGUAUACUUGUUGAGUGUUCAAAACUGUAGUAUCUCAGAAAGGCUACACUUAUCCUUUUUCCUUAUAGGUGUUAUUCUCACGCAAAAAGAAAAAGCAGAAAUAGGGAGAGAAUAUGGAGUUCAAACCUGUAUGUCCAGUCUUUACAAUGCCUUUUUUUUCUCUCAUAUUGUACUUUUAGGAAAUUGGGGCAAUUGCGUGCCAGGAAUUUUUUGCCUCCGCUGUCCUUUCUGAGAACUGAUGUGCUUUUUGGAACUUAAGUUAUUAGAAACAUUUUAUGGAAUUUUCUUUUAGACGGCAGCUGUUCGUUAGAGGUUCCCUCAGUAAUACACUGGAUACAUGUAUAUAUUUCCGUUUGCUUUGUUACAUUUUUCUUCUAACUGUUGGACUUGACGUUUCAAUAGCUCCUACGUUCUACCUUUCUUCUGUGAAAAUCUAAUUCCUGACAGUGGAUUGUGAUGUUACCUAGAAUGGAUGUUUACAGUUUUAUUCCAUUUACUUCUGGAUAUUAUGUAAAUAUUGUAAUUCAUUUGUCUUUUUUAACUUGUUAAUAAAGUUAUCAAAAUUA